AUGGCCGGAGACUUCACCACCUGUCGUGGAGAACUGCUGGUACCCGUACCAGUGUGGAUACCUGGAUCCUCUCAGCCUCGGGCUCCGCCGCUUCGAUGCCUAUCUUUUGAUCCCGUAAAAGAGUCUGUGUCGCACGUUCCGCCAUGCUUGGUCCAAUGCUGGGGGCGGCAAGCGUCCGUCAUCCGCACUUUGCAAAGGCGCUGCCUGGCGUUCCCGUCCCAGCGCCCUUGUGCUGCUACUCACAUCACGUCUAGUAACAUGAUGCAGACGGGCAUCCCUUUCUCGUCUUUCUUUGGUGCCCUGAUCCUCUUCUUCCAAGCCACGACGGGUCGCUGCGCAGUACAUGCCUUUGCCCUGCAAGCCUCGGAGCAGCUGAGCCUCUGCAAGGUUACGCUUCCGCAGUCCUCGCCCGUCCUCUUGCAGCAAAUCUGCCGCCACCAAAAGGCUGCUCGGAGCGGCUUCGGCUUCUGCCGAAAGGGACAGGCCAGCUCCUGCAAAGAAUGCAAGCAGCUUUCUGGCUCUGGCAUCAUAUCAGAAGACAUGAUUCGAAGCCGCAUCCCAUGGUUCGUGGGCGCCCUGCUCCUGCUCUUCCAAGCCACGACAGGUGGGUGCUCCAGGCGUCCCAUCCCCAAAGAAGCCAUGCAGAGUGUCGCCCAUGAGCUUUGA